AUGAACACUGAACCGCAACUUCGAUCGCGCGAUGAAAUCGCCAAGGAAUCAACCGUCUCUGCGCGAGCUGAAAAUCAUGAACACUCAACUGUAUCAGCGCGAGCUGAAAACUAUGAAAAUCCAAUCGCCACCCCGUGUGACGAAAAUCAAGAAAACCCAACAGCCGCCGCGCGAGCCGAUAAUCAAGAAAACCCAACAGCCGCCGCGCGUGCCGAAAAACAAGAAAACUCAACCGACGCAGCACGUGCCCAAAGUCAAGAAAAUUCAACCGCUGCCGCGCGUGCGGAAAACACUCAAAGUCAUUCGGACACCGCGCGUGCUAGUCACAACGCCCAAUCAAUCCAAGAGAUACCCGUUUCUGUGAAAGAAAUUAGCUUACUACAAAGCAAACAUGAAAAGGACUUAAAGUCGCAUAUUGAAAGGAUAAAGGAACUUAUCUAUUCAAGAGGAAGYAAGACGUUAAUGCGAUACUUGCGAUCAUCCCURCAUGAAAUCUUACAAGAAAUCGAACAAAUCAAGGAAGAAGAUUUAACAUCAUCAACACAGACGCUGAUAGAAGAAGCCRAAUAUGUMUUGAAUGAACUAGAAGAACACCUACAAAGACGAAGAGAAGAGUCGAUAGCCUCGUCAUACUAUACACGUAGUGUAGUACAAUCCAGCAUCUCCAAAGCAACAACCUCCAGCUCCCAAAGAGCCAUAAUGGARGCCAGAAAGGACGCCGAAACAGCGCGAAUAGAGUUGGAAUUAGCRGAAAAACGCCGAGUAAUUCAGCUACAACAACAGCAACAAUACCAGAGAAUUGAAGAAGAAAAACGAAAGAUCGAAGARCAAAAACAGCGWCUCGAGGAACAGCAAAGACGMCUUGAAAUUGAAAGACAAACACAGAUAGAGAUACAAGAAGCCCAAUCCAAACAUGAUAUGGCCCAAGCUCGUCUUCAAGUGGAAGGAGAGAUAGCAGAAGGCGAAGAAAGUAGUGAAAUMCUCAAGUCACUGCCAAGAGACAACUCAGUCACAAGAAUAAGAAGAUACAUACAAGGAAUUCCUGACGAUGGCGAACUAACAAGUAUACCUCAAUCAAUCAAUAACGAAUUCGAAAGAACAAACUUUGCAGAUGAAGAGACUGACAAGAACGGAAAACAGCAGCAACCGUUACUACUACUUGCCACAUCGAUACUCAAGAGCAAACCUGUCCAGUUAAAGAAAUUCAACGGAAGCAUUCACGCGUAUCCAGGAUUCAAAGCAGCGUUCAAAAGAAUGGAAAGAGAAAACCUCUACAGUACAGACGAAUUAUUAGACAUCUUGUUGAACCACACAACAGAAAAAGCAGAGACAGCUCUACGAGGAAUACUACCAGGAAGCGGACAAUACAAGAAAGCCUGGGAAAUCUUAGAACGUCGCUUUGGAGACCCAAAGUCAAUCAUCGAUGUCAAUGACAACCAACUCAAGAAACAUAUCAGCGUCAGUGAAAGAAAUGUCAGCCAAUUGCGUUCACUCGCAGAUACCAUCUCCAUGAUAGUGACUACAUUUCAAUCCAUGAACCUUGAAA